UAGAGUGUUGUGGGAUUCCGUGUGCUUCAGUGGUUCUGCGGCUACUUGUUAUCAUUUAAUUCACCAAACAUAAUAGAAAAUUAUCAACAUAGUUUAAGUGUUAAAAUUUUAUUUUAUAAAAAGUAAACACAUCUCAUAUAUCAGUGAUGAGAAAUUACAAAAGAAAGACUGAGAGAGUGCCAGUGUCGUCAGACACUAUUUUAAGAGCUGUAAAAGAAGUCAAAAUAAAUGGAAAACCCAUUCGCGAAACAGCGAAAAAUUUUAAUAUAGCACAAACAACUUUACGAAGAUUUUGCAACAAAGUAAAGGACACACAAUUCAAGGAAUCGGAUGAAAGUCCUCAAAUAAAAAUUAAUAUUAGGAAACCAGGCCAGAUUUUCAGUGAUGAGCAGGAACAGUUACUCGAAGAAUAUUUGUUACAAGCAAGUAAUAUUUAUCAUGGAUUGUCACCAAAAGAAGUUAGAACCUUUGCUUAUGAGUAUGCUGUUUAUUUGAAAAUAAAAUUCCCAGCUAAUUGGACAGACAAUAAAAUGGCGGGUGAGGAUUGGUUCUCAUCAUUUAUGAAACGUCACAGUAAAUUGUCAAUUCGAACUCCGGAGGCAAAUAAUUUAGCUCGGGCAUUAAAAAAAUACAUGAACUCAGCUUGUGAUACUUGGAUAACAAAAAAUUCUGAUAAAACAUUGUCAAUUCAAGACAUUCCAAAAUUAAUUGCAACUGCACUACCAUCAGCUAUAACUCAUGCAAAUAUAACUGCUGGUUUUCGAGUUGCAGGAAUAUCGCCAUUUAAUAAAGAUAUUUUUUCUGACAAAGAAUUUUUGCCUUCAUUAUUACCAAUGGAUGGAGUUGAAAAUGUUGCAAUUGAAAGCAAUUUAGUGACAGUUGAGAGUAAUAAUUGUAAAGAAAUUAUUCCAGGCCCUUCACAUAUUGACAUUGAAAAUGAUGUAGAAGUGAUACCUAUAAAUCUUGCAGACAGAUCUUUAGAAAAAAAUUUUGAAAAUGGAAAUAAAACAACUGAAAGUUCUAAAAAACGCCAUCAUUCAACUGAUUCUCCAGCUAUUGAAGCUUUAGAAGAGGAACAAAUGUGUAAAAAAAGAAAAAAUUAAAAUAAACAACACCGUAAAAAUAUAAGAUAGUUAGAAAAAAGAGACCUAUUUACCAAAGAAAAAAAGCCAAAAGUGACAAAAAAAAGCCUUAAUGCCCAAGGCAUUUCUAGGCAAUUAGGAAAAUAUAUUCAAAGUGUCAAUCUUUAAUUCUUUUUUGCUAAAAAAUUAAAGGUAUAUAAUAACAGAAUAUAUUUAUAGUUAAUUAAUAUUAUUUAAAUCUGUCCUGAUUUUUCAAUUAUUUUUUCUUAUGAUUUAUAUAUAAAUAAUUUUAUGUAAUUAAAAUUAUUGUAAUUGAUUAUAAUUAUUAGCAAAUAUUAAAUAAAGAAAUAGAAAAUUUA